UUGUCAAAUGAUAAAUAUUUCCUUUCAGUUUGCCUGUUUCAAUGUAGAAACAUGAGUGCAAAUUCGAUCUGUAUAUUAUGUUGUUGUUGUAUUUUCAUUUACAGUUCAAACGCCUUGUCUGUAGAAGAACGUUUAUUGGAACUGGAACGUGUUGUGAAGCUUCAAGGUGACAUCCUUAAUAAGCAUGAGAAAACAAUUCAGGACCAAAACGUUAUCAUUAAAAGUUAUGAGAACGAAAACAAUGAACUGAAACUGCGUGUGCAAACUCUUGAAAAUGAUAGGGGAAAACAUGAAGAGGGAUCAAAGGCUAAUGAUGUCACAUCAUAUCGAGAGGUAUUGGGUAGCAUUGAAAACCGUUGGAAAGCUUUAGGCGUAGAAAAGUCAAAAUAUGUCAGUGAUGUAAAUCAACGAGUUGGUAAUGGAUACAUUCGAACAUCAAACCGGAGCCACAUGGUGAAACGAGAAUCUCCUAACAUCGCAUUCCAUACUUAUGUUACUGGAAAGCGUUGCUUCAUGGAACAGCAGCUGAUUGUCUUUGAUACAGAAGUGGUGGAUGAGGGAGAUGGAUAUAGCAAAACGGAUGGAAUAUACGUCGUACCUGUUACCGGAACAUACGUGUUUACCUGGACAGUAUUUUCUCAGAAUCACCAGUGGUUUAGAGCAGAUAUUAUCAUUGACGGAGUGUCAAAGGGUUGGAUUCUUGCUGACAGCGACAACGACCAGGCCACUGGAAUAGUCAUUGCCCGAGUAAACGCGGGAAACCACGUAUUUAUACGAAGGGAUAAAGGAGACGGUUGCAACCUUCAUGAUGACCUUACCCGAUCGACAUUUUCAGGCUGGAAACUGUUUUAAGACAUGUACUGUAUCCUCUGUAAAUACUGAAAAAAACUUUUUACAAAUGUAAAAGUAAAGUAUUAUAAACGGUAAUCGAAUGUUUCUUUUUAAAUGAGCAGGCGAAAGUGAUACAGCUGCAGUGUCAUACAAUGAAUGUUAUAAGACAUUUGUAUAUCUUUCUUUUUUAUAAUAAUUGCUACCUAUAAUUUAUAAGGUUUAGAUAAUAUACAGUCCGGUGUGUAUUAAAUAACAUAACC